AUGACUGCUGCUGAUGUUUUAUUCAAUCAAGCUGAUCUAAACCAAGAUCAACAAAUUGAUAUAAAUGAAUUUCAAAAUUUUACUGGUGCUGGUGGUCUUUCAUAUGGAGCAUCAGAUUAUGGUUAUGGUGAUUUAAGCACACUAGGAUUUGCUGGUGAUCUUUCAUAUGGAGCAUCAGAUUAUGGUUAUGGUGAUUUAAGCACAUUAGGAUAUGCUGGUGAUUACGGUUAUUCAUCAAUAAUAGGUGGUGGUGGUUAUGGUGGUGGUUAUGGUGGUGAUAUUAUUUAUACUGGAAGUGGUUAUGGUGGUGCUGGUUAUAAUGCAUCAUUAUACGAUUCAUCAAUUAUCAAUGCUGGUUUAGGUUCAGUUAACUAUUUAUCUACACCACAAUGGACUGGUUAUCAACGAUAUGCAACCGACGCUCGAGGUCUCUAUCAAGAUCCAAACCCACAAAUUAUACGUCGUCCAGCACCAGGCGGUGGCUUAACUUACGCACAAAGAAUUCGACUUCGAUUUCUUCAACCACCACCUGUUCCACCACCAGGCCCACUGAUCAUUAAAGAAGUACGACCACCUCAACCACCGCCACCAGCUCCACUUCGUAUUCGUCAACGAGCUCCACCUUUCCCUCCACCACCUCCAUUGAUCUUACGUGAACGACCACCAAUUCCACCACCUCGUAUUCUUCCUCAAACUGUUAUUCGGCGACUACCUGCUCUUCCUGUUCCACCUCGAUCAGUAAUUGUCGAACGUUUACCACCACUUCCACCUAAACCUCGUGAUAUUAUCCUUGAACGAUGGAUUCAAUAUGGACCACAGCCUAGACGAAGAACAAUUGUUCAACGUGCACCACCAGUUCGGCCAUAUCCAAUACCACGUAAUAUUAUCAUUCAAUAUGAACGUGUUCCAGCGCGUGUCGUUCGACAAUUUCAACAUCUUGGCGUUGUUCAAGAAAAUCCAGCAUUAUAUGUUCAACGUUAUGGAGCAUCACUUUUGGAUGCUUAUUCAUUGGUACAAAUGGCACGUGCUGCUGGUGUUAUUGAAAAUAUUUCACCACCUGGUUUCGUUGGUUCAUUGGCUGGUGACUCCUCUCAAUUAUUAUUAUCGGGUGGUAAUCUUGGUUAUGACAUUACCAAUGGUUUUGGAGGUUAUAACACUUUUGAUGCUGGAAUAACUGGAUUUAAUGAUAUUGUACCCUAUCAAUCGUCAUAUUACACAGGUGGUACUGAUUUUUCAACAUUUGGUGCUGAUUUAGGAAGUUUUGAGCUUCUUGGAGCUGAUGCUGGGGGUACUACUUCGUUUGAGUCAUCCUCAUUGAACGUGACAAAUGAUGCAACAGUCGCUGAGGCAGCAGUCGCUGGUGCACCAGUCGACAGUACAACAUUUGGCAAUACAACAGUUAGCAGUACAACAUUGGGCGAUGCAGCAGUUAUCGGUACAACAGUCGAAAAUAGGGCAGUCAACGAUGCAGUACGUCUUGAUACAUCAGCUAGUGCGGUAACACUUGGUUCUAUAACAUCUACUAUUCCAGUAGAAUCAGUAGUUACUACUGAUGUCAAGCGUGAUAAUGCAUCAUCCAGAAGUGGAUCCACUAUUUCUAAAAGUUCAAGUAAUAUAAUUAUUUGA